AUGACCGAGCCGCCCCCGGCUGAUCUUCGGCCUGUUUCACAAGUGACCGCCUUGGAGGUGCCCGGCAAGUUGAUUUCGCCGGCAUUGGUGCUGCGCAAGCUGCAGACGUGUGUGGCGGGGGUGCUGGACGUGCUGGUGAACGGAGACAUUGGCGACGACGAGAUCGGUGCCGAAACCACGUCCACCCACAGCUAUGGCGCUAAUAGCAGUGCUAGAGGUGACGAAGGCGACGACGAGUUGGCAGAAAUGCUUCUGGGGCUCAUGUCUCAGGCGCAACCAUCGCCCCACACCCCGCAGCGGAUAUCGUACUUGGACGUGGGAAUUGUCCCUAAACUGGUGCUUCCUCAGCGACGGAUACUACCGGACGAAGCCCAGUAUUAUGACGAGUUGAUUGCCGUCAACAAACUGACCGAGAAAUUCGAGGGGAAGCUAAAGCAAGUGUUCGUCAUAUCGGCAGCGGGGAAACCAAUAUACUCGCUCCAUGGCGACGAUGAGGCAGUAAUGGGAUACAUGGGCGUGAUAACAACAUUAAUCCUGACGUUCCACGAUGGUUCGUGGCACCAGAACCUCCGAACGGUGUCGUGGGGCACCACGCAAAUUGCCAUCAAGUCGGCGCUGCCGUUAUAUGUGGUGGCGAUUCUGAAGCUUGCCCACGAGUCUGCCAGUACUCUUUGUCGACAAUUGGAUGCCGUGUACCUGUACUUCCUCAUGGUGCUUUCCAAGCCCACGAUUGACCGCAACUUCCAGAACCGAAUGAACUAUGAUUUACGCAAAGUGUUGACUCCGCUAGACUACGAAACGCUUGACAAUAUGUGCAUGGCGUUGACCUAUGGCUAUCUGGGUAAAUUUGAUGCGGGGAACGUCGCUGACUUUGACUACUUCAUUAGUGAAUAUUUGGGUGAGUGCUUGCAAAACGUUAAGGUUGCCAAAUCAGUCCGAUCGAAGGUGAAUUCGGUGAUUGCUCUGUGCAAACGAAUUAAAGAUGACAGUUCAUCAAGCGAUGCUCAACUGGUGUUUCUGUUGCUUCCCGAAGGCCCAGGAGCUCCCGAACAUAAUAAACUCUUAGCGUCGGAGCUUCUUUUUGUUUUGAUCACCAGUGGCACUGAUAAAGUGGUAUCGUACCUGCAUCCUCGCAACCACCAUUUGACCAACGAGGACCUCCAAAUUCUUUUUCGCAUUAUUGGCUGUCGUCACGACGCCGUCGACUCGGCAAAGGAGAGCUGGAUUCCCCUUUGCAUGCCUCGCUUCAACCCCAACGGAUUCCUCUAUGCUUAUAUAAGCCGGUUUGAGCUUGGGGUCCCGGCGCAACCGUUUACUAUCGUACUCUUUCUGGGAAAUAAAAAUACGUUCGGUGAAAUGCUGAAGACUGCCCAUUACAUUAUCCUGAAACUCAAAGAGAUACCUCGAUUACCUGACGAAGUGGGGCUCCUGAACCAAUUGCUGAUCCUGCGAGACAUUAAAGUGCCUUAUAUCAAGCACUUUAUAUAUAAAGUCCGCAAGUAUAAUCAGUUCAUUAUGCUGAAUCCGGAGCAUUUGGCUGACUUUGAUGGUAACUUCGGUUUGCUGCUAAGCUACUAUUACGCCACGCUACACAACACUAAAACCACCACCGAGCAUGCACCCAAUCGCAAGUUUUCGUACUUGCGCUGGCCUGGGGGGAUGACGGGGUUCAUGUUGAUUGACGACUCGCUGGAGUUCUAUUGCAUAUGUGACGAGUUUAUAACUCUGCAAGAAUUGAUCAAGAAUUGUCUUAAGAUCAUCAAGUGGUGCGAGGAUAAUAACAAUCGGUUGUUCGUUGGGUCGGGAGAAGUGUUUUAA